AUGCCUUAUCCGAGUGACGACUCCAUAGCUUCAGCAAAUAAUCGUUUGAUCAAUGAGGAGCUAUCUUAUGACAGGACCAAUCUAGGUAAUGAAUUUCAGCCUCUCUUUAAUUCAUUGACAAAUGAACAAAGAUGUGUUUUUGAUGAAAUUAUCAAAACUGUCAAUGGUAACAAAGGAGGUGUUUUCUUUGUCUAUGGAUACGGUGGAACGGGUAAAACAUUUUUAUGGAAGACAUUAUCAGUUGCAUUACGAUCUAAAGGUGAGAUUGUAUUAAAUGUUGCAUCGAGUGGUAUUGCAUCUUUGCUAUUGUCAGGAGGCCGAACAGCGCAUUCUAGAUUUCAUAUUCCUAUCAAUCUUAACGAAGAUUCAAUCUGCCACAUCAAACCAAACAGUCCUGUUGCUCAUUUACUAAAGGAAACAAAAUUGAUUAUAUGGGAUGAAGCACCGAUGGUACAUAAACAUGCCUUUGAAGCUCUUGAUAGAACACUAAAAGACAUUUUCAAUUGUGAUACUUCAAAAAAUUCUGAAACACCGUUUGGAGGUAAAGUUAUUGUAUUUGGUGGUGAUUUUAGACAAAUCCUUCCUGUUGUUCCGAAUGGCAGCAUGCAACAAAUUGUGAAUGCCUCUUUAAGUUCUUCCUAUUUGUGGAGUAAAUGUAAAGUCUUAAGGUUAACCAAGAACAUGAGGCUAACGAUUGGAGCAAAUACAUCUGAUAUGCAAGAAACAAUAAAUUUUGCAAAAUGGCUGCUGGACAUUGGCGAGGGAAAGGUCGGAGGUAACAAUGAUGGCGAAACAACUAUAGACAUUCCUGAUGAUCUUCUAAUAAAUCACUCAUCUGAUCCUGUUCAAAAUUUAAUUGACUUUGUUUACCCGUCAAUUCUCCAAAAUUUCAAAAAUCCAGAAUUCUUCCGUGCAAUAUUAGCACCUAAAAAUGAAGUUGUUCAAGAGAUUAACGAUCGUCUUCUAUCACUUUUUCCUGGAGAAGAACAGGAGUACCUUAGCUCGGAUAGUAUUUGUCCAUCAGAACAGUUUAAUGAUCCAGCACAAGAACGUAUAUAUUCUCCCGAUGUUCUUAAUGGACUUAAAAUAUCUGGAUUGCCAAAUCAUAGGUUGGUGUUAAAGGUUGGUGUUCCUGUUAUGCUUCUAAGAAAUAUUGAUCAACAAAAUGGUUUGUGCAACGGUACCAGAUUACAGAUCCUAACACUUGGUAAACGCGUAAUAGAAGCUGAAAUAAUAUCUGGAGGUACUAUCGGUACUCGAACAUACAUUCCUAGAAUUAAUAUGAUACCUUCAGACAAAAAAAUUCCCUUCAAGUUUCAGAGAAGGCAAUUUCCACUAUGUGUAUGCUUUGCAAUGAUUAUAAACAAAAGCCAAGGACAAUCACUAUCUCGAGUUGGUUUGUACUUAAAGCAACCUGUAUUCACCCAUGGACAAUUGUAUGUUGCACUUUCGAGAGUAAAGAGUAGAGCCGGAGCAAAACUACUAAUUUUAGACAAAGAAGGGAAUGUUACAAAUCAAACGACAAAUGUUGUUUACAAGGAAAUUUUCAGAGACUUGUGA